UCGUAGGCGUAUACCUAUAAAAAACUCAUAAAAUAUCGCAGGCCAUAUUGGCCAUUACCACAGACUAGCAGUAUAUAACAAUGGAUUCAUGUUUUUAACCUACUCCAUUGCCGUAAAUAUAGCAAACCUCAUGUUUCUUACACCGUUAUGAGAAAUUAUUUAUUAUGAAAUUAACUACAGAUAUAUUUAUCGUGCUCUUUUAUACAAUAGCUGUACGUUUAGUUAGUGCUAGAAAUGCUUUAAAAUUCAGCAAGAAGGACAUUAAUCCUGAUAAAAAGGAAGGACUACGGAUGUUCAAUACGAACUUUGAAGAAGCAUAUCCACAACCUUUGCCAACGACUGCGUCAAAGAGUAAUCUUAUUAUUACACGUCCGAGUAUCUACCAAGGCGUGAGGUUCGACAAUGAUGUGAGGGUCUAUAGGCAACGGUUUGAGUACAAUGCUACAGCUGACGGGCAGCGUAUCCUGUGUCAAGGGAUGUUCGAUUGUUUGAUAGCAUUUAUAGCGAUAGAAUCAUCAGAAGCAAUUCCCGUGCUGCUGAGAGGAGGCGUCGGUUACAGGCACUUUACGGCUAUCAUCAAGUCAAAACCUAAUCACGAUCUCAAGGGACAAGUUCGGGCCUACUGUCGAAAUAAAGAAGGCCGUACUUUCACGGACAAUAGCAAAGAAAAAAACUCUAAACUUAAGCCUAAAACAACAACUGUCCGUCCAAAAAGAAGAUUUAUUUUCGAAGAGCUUGAACCCGAAAGGGAUGACUUAGAUUUUGGUUUAAGAUAUCAAAUAUCUUCAUCUGCCGCUCCUACUUCAAAAAUGCCAAUAAAUGAUAAUAGGUUACGUAGGUAUCUAGGUUAUAAUAGAGACUUGGGCACAAUGGUUUAUUAAUUGUAACAACUAGCCGUUAUGUUCGCGUAGAAAUCUUUUCAAGGAAAUCAAUGUUUUUGAAAAGGCAAACAAGUUGUUAAUUCAAUACCUAUUCUUCGUAUCUGUUUAGCUAUUUUUGUAGACAUUUAUAGUUAAUAGCUGAUAUUACUUACUAAUAAAAUAUAGGUACCUACUUAUAAUUAUGUAACAGCCAGCUAGCUAAAUAAGCCAUUGUAUUAAGGGCCUAGCCUGUUUAUUAAUAGAUAUCGCGGUACAAUUCUGGUAGUUAUAUAGCUGUUUAUUUCUAAUGGCGAUUAAUUUGAUCUCUGUGCAGGUCACAGUUCAAGCUUAACAAUGACAAACUAUUCUGGUAGCAACUCGGAUUUAAUUACAAUUCCUUCAGCUUUCAGCUUUCAACUUUUGGCCUGAAUUUGAAAUUGAGUCAUGGAAUAUAAUGACUAGUCAUUCAAGCCGUUAGUUGAAUAGCCUACUUAAUUAAUCCAGGUAGUUGACUGCGACAGAAGACAUUUUAGGCACGUACUUAGAUCAUAAUAAUUAAGACUAUAACAAUUACAAAGGGCUAAUUAAUAGCCCUCCUAUUGUUAGGGCAUCAAUACGACUGGACGAAUAUGAACUUCGGGAAAUAUUUGUAUUAGGUAUAUUGAUAUUGUGUGUAUAAUAUAAAAGUAAAUUAUC